AUGGACGAUGGUGAUCGAGACGAGGCCCGUCGGCACCUCCACCUCGACAGCUCGGACGACCGCGACGACCUGUCCGGCCGCGGCCUCUCUGAUCAUUUCGACGGACAGACCGCCCAACAGAUCGACAGCAGCAGCCGUUUCGAUCCCUUCAUCCUAAACUACUUCGGCCGUCCAGAUCACGACAACAACAACAACAACAAUAAUAACAGCAGCAGCAGCCUGCCAUACGCCCCCCUCUCGCUCCUCCCUCCGUUCCAGCCUUCGUUGCUGCCUCCGGUCGCGUUCCAUGGCGCCGUAGACCUGCCGGCACUCGACACUCCUCAUCCUGCCGUCCACUCGAACGCGUUGUCCGAUUCUGCCGAUUCCGUCGAUCCCGUCGAUCCCAUCGACUUCUACCGCAGCUACCCACAGCAGGACGCUCAAUUCCACACAGCCACGACUGCUGCCGACGAUGCCAUGGCUCCCGCUGCGUCUGGCUCGCGGCAAAUACCCGUGGCUCGAUUCCACGCCAAUGGCCUCAGCCCAAAAUCACCAACGACGAUCCCCUCUUCCCUCCCUGGCUACACCAACGGCUUUCGCUCCAACAGUCGAUCCGUCUCCAGCCCCAUCGACAGCUCCUCGCCCUCCUCCACCUCGGCCUACUCCAGACCGGCUCCGACCGCAGCCAGAGCCAGGAGCGUCAAGGACCUGAAAAAGCGCUAUGACCAGAUCGCCGUCCCCUCGUCGCCUCCGUCGAUCUCCGUCUCUUCCACCUCGUCCAGACUGCGACCGACUGCUCGGCCCUCGAUGUCCUCCUCUGCCUCUUCGUCUUCCCGCAGUCGAUCGCCUGCUACCGGCGUAGGCACCGCGUCCGCCAAUCGCGUCAAAAGCCCCGCCGGCCGUCUGCGCCAACAGGCACCAUCACAGCAUGAGAGCAGUCCACAGUCGUUUGCCAGUCGCAUUGCCAAGCCGUCGAUGACCCAGCUGUCGUCCCCCGUGUCGUCACCACCUCGAUCUGCUCGCCGGAUGGCCUCACCACCGCCACCUAUGCCCUCUCUGCGUACCAACGGCCUGCUCUUCGGAGAGAUCCUUCCUGACGAAGCUGACGCUCCCCUGACUCUGGGCUACGGAAUCAAUACUGUUCGCCCGAGACGAACUUCCGACUCGAGUGCCUACCCAGCACGGCCUUUUACGCGAUCUCGAUCCGAAGCCGGCGCCGAUCCCGAGCCAGCAUCGCCUACGGACUGGUACCGUGGCGUCCUGUCGACACAGGCGGCUGAAGCUACAGCUACAGCAAAUUCUACGAAUCUUCCCAUUGCGAGCUCCCACACACAGGCUGGUCGUGGAACGCGAAUCCCUGCGAGCCACAGCCGGGCACAUAGCGACUUGGCCGGAUCCAAGCCCAGAGAUGUCCAUACCCACCACCGGCAACGUGCCUUUGACCUUGCAGCUUCUGCCGGCGCCGACCCACUUCCCUCCCAUAGCCAAAGCGAAACUCCUCCACCCAGCUCGCCCCAGCAGCGGCUCCCCUCUUCUCCCACCUCUCGCCUCCCUAUCUCCGUGAAGAAGCAGACCGAUCCGUCUGCGCGCAUCGGUCGCGCCAUAUCCCGAUCCAGUUCCCCCGGCCUUGUACGACGUCCAGCUAGCGCCACGAGCAGGUCUGCUCGCCAAUUGUAUUCACCCCCGGUCUCGCUCAAUAACGCGAAGGCGCCUGCCAGACGAACGGCCACUCCCACAAGCCCGGCGUCUGGCCCGGCACGGUCGAAACCAUCGACAUCGUCUUCACGAAAGCUGCCGCCAGCCCAGCUUGCAACCCCCAGCAGCAGCCGCCUGAACGCCUAUGCAUCCGUCCCGCCGGCAAAACUAUCGCCUACUCUACGGAGCUCGAGGCCGCGGCAGCCGGUGUCGUCUGCCACUGGCAAGAUGUCGGCCCAUGGUAGCACACGCGCAUCAUUAGCAAGACAGGAGGAAGCCGAGGCCCGACGGCGGAAGAUUGACGUGGGCCCCAUCGAUUUCGCCAGGCGCCGGGAGACGAUCCGGCUCGCAUACAGCAAAUCCAUCCGUGAGACCGAAGCAAAGGCCACCCGGCAAGCAGCCGCAGAGAGAAGGAGGAAAGAACUGGAAGAAGCUGCUCGUGCCAAGGGGUUUGCCGAGGCUGCCGUGCUCGCACAAACGGAGGCAAACAGACGGGCCGCCGAGGCCGCCGCAGCGAAUGCUUCGACUGCCUCUUCCUCGUCGACGCGGCAUUUUCCCUUGUCCGCACCUGUCACGGUCGACGCGGAAAAAACGCCAGAGUCUUGGAACGCGAAUGUAGCAGUCGCCACUGGCGCCACAGCCACGUCUACUAGUGACGAACCUGUGGGGAAAUUGGCUGGCUCCAGGCUAAAGAUCGUUACUGAUAUGCCAGAAUCGCAGUCAGACAAUCCCGACAAGCCCACGAAGCGAGACUCUCCUACACUUGGCAUCCCCGGAACAUUUCCCGAUCCUCCCGUCCUGGGCUCUCCGCCACUAGAGCCGGCACAUGAGGGACCGCCGCGGUCUGCCAUUUCUGCGCAUUCAGGCGUCACCGAGUUCGACAACGAGGCACAGACCGACCUGCCGCUUCGAGAAUCCGGCACGGCUCCGCUGUCGGACGCGGCCUUCUUGCAGCAGCAGCAGCAGCAGCAGCAGCAGCAACGACAACAACAACACGAAAUCCAACUCGGGCUAGAACGUGAGAAGGCUGAAUAUCGCUCGCCAUUCGACGGGUCCUCGUCGGAAGACCCGCUUCCCCCCACAACUGAAGAAAAUCAGCACGUCGAGAAGGCCUUCCGCCACAGAGCAGUACUAUACCGAUUUCCCUUCCAGGUCAAGGUGGACAGCGAACAACCCUCCGUCGGGGACAGCUACGAGACUACACCCGCGGAUAGCAUCACUGCCACAAGACCGCUUUCGUUCGUCAAAACCAUCCCAGGGUCUUACCAUGAGGAGAGCGACGUCAGCCGGCCCGUCACGCCUGUUCUGGCGUCUUCUUCGAUGGACGCAGGACACUUCAAAAGUCCUAGCCUCGAUCUCGUUGGGGAACAUGAAACGCCCCGACGUCCGCCUAGGGAUGAAGUUGCCACGUUGGAGAUCCCGAUCAUCAACGAGACAAACCAGGGCACCGAUAGCCUGGACGCAGAACCGAUAUCGAAGCCGCAAGCCGCGGGCACGGAUGUGACCGAACAGUUCCUGUUUUUGCACCGCAGCUCUGCCGAGUACGAACCACAGCCCUUUCGAUCAGAGUCGAACCACACAACUGUCACGAUCCUCAGUCGCGAGACCCAGCUCGCACCGGCGCCAAUGUCUCGCAAGAGCAGCCGCCUCACGAUGCCCGAAGACGCCCGACUGGAUGCUGUGGAAGACUUUUACGUUGGUCCCAGCUUGAGAGAUAACGUGUGGACGCUUCGCGACUCUGCCUUCGCCUCGUCCGAUGUCUCGGACGACGCACGGCAGGCAUCGGGCAGUGAGCCGCAGCAGACGCCCGAUACGUCCAACAGUCUCAACGUGCCGCACUUCACGUUUCCGGCGAACCGGUCUAGCCAGCAGUCCGGCUGGACGGACUUUUCUGUCGAAAGCGCCGAUGCCCGCGAGUAUAUCGCGGCCCGUGAGCUGGCGUCGUCGGCUGCGGCAUACAACACCAGCCUCGACUCUGUCAUGCGUGGCCAAGGCGCCGCGGCCACGACGCAUCAGCCUCACGUCCGACAGCGGCACAACCAGCGGCGCCAAAACCAUUUCCAUUUCGACUCUCGGCCCGGCUCCUAUGCGGAUAUGUCGGAGCAGAAUGACGACUGCAGCGAGAUCCAAGAGGCCGAGAGUGUCGGUGUGUCAUCACUGGAGCAGUCGGCGCAAGACAUCUCGCUGUCAUUAGACGGCACGGCUCCUCAGCACCACCGUUUGCCCGAGGUCGACACGGGCUCCAACUUUUACAUCCCGUAUCUGUCUCGCCAGUCGCCGGCCAAGAAAAGGCCUGCUCGGCCAGAGCACGACCCGCCGCCGGUCCCUGUGCCAUCCGAAGGCCACAACUCGUCCGUCGAGGCCAGCGGGCGGCCCAGCUCGUCGAGUGCCUACUAUGACUCCUCUCGUCCGAACAGCUACAUACAGGGCAUGGCUUUGCGGGACGACCAGUGCUCGUUCACGUCAGCGGCCGAUGGCUCGAUCAUGGCCUCACAGCUGCCGCCAGUGUUCGCGCCACGGCCCUCGUUCGAGCAGUCGUCGCUGGAUAUGGGUCACCAAUCGAUCAGCGGGGCUACGCUGGUGGACAAUGAGCGGCUGAAUGCCAGCGGGGCGGUUGAAAGAACGGUUGCCGACAGUCGGACGUCGAUCGAUAGUAGUAUGACCGGUGGUGCAGCCGGCACCGGCAACAACGAGAAGCGGCCAGCACGCAGCAAAGAGCAAGCGCGGCUCGUUCAGCGCCAGAUGGUGAUCCGAGAGCUCAUCGACACCGAGGCAGUCUUUGUUCGCGACAUGAACAUUGUGGAGGAGAUCUACAAGGGAACGGCGGAGGCGUGUCCACAGCUCGAUGACAAGACGGUGAAGCUCAUCUUCCGCAACUCUGACGAGAUCAUUGCCUUUCACACGGCCUUUCUUGUCGAGCUCAAGGAGGCCGUGUCCAGCGUGUAUGCGCCCAAGAGCACGCGACGCCCCUCGCCAGCGACUCGCGAAGGCUCGACAGCAUCAGAUACGGCGACGGCAGCCAGUUCCAUGCUGGCAUCAGACAGCGGUCCGGCUUCAGCCGAGACAGACGAAGACACGCGCGACCGGCAGACGCACCUCGGGCCAGUCUUCCGCAAGAACAUUGACAAGAUGCGGUUGACGCACGAAGGAUUUCUCCGGAGCAGUGACAGUGCGGCAAAGCGGCUGAUCCAGAUCCAGGAGGAUCCGACGGUGAACGUGUGGCUGAAUGAGUGCAACGAGGUGGCCAAGGACCUGACGGCGGCAUGGAAUCUGGACUCGCUGCUGAUCAAGCCGAUGCAGCGUAUCACCAAGUACCCGAACCUCAUCAGCCAGCUGCUGCAGUACACGCCGGCAGACCACCCGGACAGGCCGGCGCUGAUGGUAGCGCGUUCGGCGCUCGAGACGGCGAUCCUGGACAUCAACAAGACCAAGAAGAACUUUGAGCUGGUCGGGCAGAUUGUCGGGCGCAAGCGCAAGGACUCGGACGUGCGCGCAGGCUUUGCACGGGCGUUUGGCAAGCGGGUGGACAAGCUACAGGCGUCCAACAACCGGCCGGCCGAGGACGCAGAGUACACGAAGCUGAACGAGAAGUUUGGCGACGACUACCUACGGCUGCAGGUGGUGCUGCGCGACGUGGAGUUCUACACGCGCCAGGUGACGGCAUACGUGCACGAGUUCCUUCAGUUUCUGUCGGCCAUGGAACUGGUCAUGCGGCUUCAGCCGUCGCCAUACCCGGAGCUGGAAAGCAAGUGGGCGCGCUUCAAUGUAUCCAUGCGGGACAUGGAGAAGGUGGCGCUGGACCAGCAUGUACGAAAGCACGUGAUCGAGCCGUUUGAGCAGGUGAUCAAAUGCUACGGCAACCCCAGCCUGGCGAUGAAGAAACGGGCCAAACGGCGGCUCGACUUUGAGCGAGCGGCACAGCUGAAGAAGGCCAACAAGAAGGUGGACAAGCAGCUGGCCGAGCUGGUGGAGCAGUAUGAGGCGCUCAAUGACGCGCUCAAGCGCGAGCUGCCGAUGCUGUCGGCCAACACGGAAAAGAUUGGCAACAUCUGCCUGGGCAAUUUCGUCAGCAUCCAGGUGCGCUGGUAUGCCAUCUGGAAGGAAAAGGUGCGCGUCGUGCUCGACGACAGCCAACAGCAAGGCGUGCCGGAGAUUGCCGAUAUUGUCGCCACCUUUACGCGCGAGUUCCGGGACAUGGAGGAGCACAUCCACCAGAAUCUUACGAUCCUGAACAGAGACGGCAGAAGCGAGGCCACGGGCAGCAUCAGCAUGUCGCGAUCGCGGUCCCGACCGUCGGACAUGUCGCCACGCGUCCGCGCUGGAUCCAUCAACAGUGACAGCACGCCGUCCCUGCCGACGCCCGACUUUGGCCGGCGCAGCAGCGGCCAUUUCGGGCUCGUGUCGCCCACGCCGUCAGCACAGGCCACAGCCGCAGCAGCAGGUGCGUUUGCAUCGCCGACAGGUGGCCCAGCAAACCCGAACCACUAUUAUUACUACCGCAGCGACUACUACGGCGCGGCCCCGUCCAACGGACACGCGCGUGGCGGCUCGGCAUCGCCCAUCACACCCGGUCUCCCAGCAGAAUCGUCGGGGCGGUCUGUGGCGGUGCGGCGUGACUCGUCUUCAACGUACAACUCCAAUCAAUACCCGGCGAGCACUGCGGCCGAGAGCGUCGGCGGUGGUGGCGGUGGUGGUGGCAGUGUGGCCGGGGCCAGCCGCCGAUUUUCAGGGCUGUUCAGCUCAGCCAUGCCGAUGCAAGACGAGGCGUUGCCGUCGACGACGACAGCCUUGGCUGCAGGCAUGAUGGCAGCCUUCAUCGGAGUGGGCGGUUUGGAUGGCUCCAGUCGGCCAUCACGAGCCUCAUCACGCGAACGACCGACGGCAAAUACAAUGUCCGCUUCGUCACACGGCGCUGGUGGCAAGGGCAGUGGCAGGUAUCACGUGCUGUGGCUGGCAGCGUCACUAUUCGAAUUCAACAUUGAGACGAAGCACGAAGCAGGAUAUCCGUAUCUAACGUAUCAGGCGGGAGAGGUCUUCGAUGUCAUUGCCGAAAAGGGUGAGCUGUGGCUGGCCAAGAAUCAGGACGACCCGAGAGAGCUGGUUGGGUGGAUCUGGUCAAAGCACUUUGCCAAGCUGGCGGAUUCCUAG